CCUUGGAACUACCGCUCCCAGCGUGCACCGCGGCGGGGCCGGAGGAGAGGUGCAGUCCCUGCUGCUGGAGUGAUGCCCACCUUCCAGUUCUUGCCCUUCUCGGCCCUGCUGGGCACCCUGGGGCUCCUGUGUGUGGUGUUCACAGGGUUCUGGUCCCAGCACUGGCGCGGAGGCUUUGCCUGGGAUGGCUCCACCAAGAUGUUUAACUGGCACCCGGUCUUCAUGGUGACGGGCAUGCUGGUGCUGUAUGGGGCAGCGGUGCUGGUGUACCGGGUGCCCAGCUCCUGGGCGGGCCCCAAGCUCCCGUGGAAGCUGCUGCACGCGGCGCUGACCCUAGCAGCCUUUGUCCUGGUCGUGCUGGGGCUCGUCGCCGUCUUCGGGUUCCACAAUGCCCAGGGCACCCCCAACAUGUACUCGCUGCACAGCUGGCUGGGGCUGGCAGCUGUGCUGUUCUUCUCUUGCCAGUGGCUCAUGGGGUUCGCUGCCUUCCUGUUACCCUGGUCCCCUGCCUGGCUGCGGAUCAUCUACAAGCCCAUUCACGUCUUCUUCGGCUCCAUCAUCCUCGCGCUGGCCAUGGCAGCAUCCAUCUCCGGCAUCAAUGAGAAGCUCUUCUUCAGCCUGACGAACAAGACGGUUCCCUACGCUAAACUCCCCCCUGAGGCCUGGUUCGCCAAUUCUCUGGGGAUGCUGAUCUUGGUCUUUGGGUUGCUGGUGCUGUGGGCUCUUGCCAUGCCGGCCUGGAAGCGCCCAGAGUCAGAGUCACUGGAGGCCCGACAGCCCCUGCUCCAUUAGGACAAGUGAAGCAGCCGCCUGGAGGAGGAGCCGCUGCCCAGACUCUCCGGUGAGAAGGGCAGCUUGAUGCUCCUGCAGUUGGCGCUGAGUCAUCUCCGGAGCCUGGCCAGCACGGGGCCAAGGGGUGGAGGUGCUCUCCAUGCUCCCUCACCACCCGGCUGCUCUCCCGGAUCCCUGGCUCUUGCCACUCCCCUGCCUUCUGCUCUGGGUUCCUGCACGUGCUGCUUCUUCCUGGGAUUCACCAAGCAGCCUUGGCCCCUCUUGCCAUUGUGCUGCUGUGCCUUAGGGGCCCUGGCUGACGCUACGACCUAGAUCAAGUACCCUGAACUAAAAUAAAAUCCUGCUUUGUGGCGCUUGCCCUGGCGUCGGCUCUGCAGGAGGCGGGGCCCGGUUGUGUGUAAGGAGCCUGUGCUGGCCGCUCAGCUGUAGCAGUGUGCAUGCACCUGGGGCAUCAGCGUGCCAAGCUCCAGCCAGCUUCCCUUUCCCACUGCCUGCUUAGCACCCACUUCUGCUCUCUGGCGCUGUCCCCUGCUACCUUGGGAGAGUCUCUGCUAGGGCUCAGAGCUAGGGUGACCAG